AUGCCUCUCGAUGGAUUCAAAGGCUUCCAGCUGGUAUUUAGCCGAGCCAUCCCAAAGAUGGGAGCAAUACUCCAAACACAACCGAACUUGUGGUUGGUAAAGAUUUGUUUUCCAGGUGUCAAUGCAUACACACUUGAAGGAGCUGGUAGGAUUAUAGAAGGAACAUACAGAAGUAACAUUAAUUAUGUGAUAUCAUUACAAGAGAAACAAUCAACACCAAGCUACGAAAGAGGUCACAAAUGUGGAGGUGUAUUAAUUACUCGACAGAAUGCAUUGACAGCUGCUUCUUGCGUUCUCAAUGAAAAUGGACAACUCAUCAACGUAACCAACUUCAGAGUAUUCGCUGGGACAGUUCUUACAAAUGAUAAUGCAGAUAACGUUCGCGACAUAGCAAGUAUAACUGUCCACCCGGAAUAUAACAGGCAGACUUUUGUCAACGACAUUGCUGUUAUUACUUUACAAGCUGCUUUCCCGGAAGCAAUAAACCCCUUGCCAAUGCCGACUGGUGCAUUACUUUAUCCUCUGCCUGAGCCGUGUGAGUCCUCCGGUUUUGGAAGUCGUAAUGCAACAUCCUCUGCAAGUGCGCAAUUGAUAACUUUAUCACCAGUAAUUGCGAUACCAAGAGAAACAUGCAAUUUAGAAAUAUCACAGAUGACAAUUGUACCAAACAUGAUUUGCGGGUUGUCGGCUGGAGGUGGAUGUGUGGGUGAUCUAGGAAACCCAUUAGUAUGCAACCCACAAAGCACUCCGGUUCUCGAUGGCAUACUCAUUAGGAGCAACAACUGUGGGGCUAAUGCAAACCACCUAGAAGUGUUCACUCGAGUCUUCCCAUACGCAUCAUGGGUGAAUGAAAUUCUCUCUCCUACACCCUCUUCUUCUACACCUGCUUCUUCUACACCUGAUUCUUCUACAUCUUCUUCUUCUACAACUACUACACCUGCUCCGGGAGCGGCAUCCACGUCACAACUCGGAACUUCUGUAGCACUCAUGUUUGUAAUCAUCCAAUAUUUCAAAAUCUUUAACUAAAUCAAAGCCAAAAUAUACCAAUUGUAAAUAUUAAUGU